AUGAACAGGUCUUGCAAUGAUGACAACCUUACGGCACCAAUAUCUUAUGCUGUUACUCUGGGUGUCGCCUACGGUGUUAUAUUUGUAUUUGCGGUUAUAGGUAAUCUCAGUUUAGCCAUCGGGAUUAUUCAAAACUGGAGUAAAAUGAAAACACUAAUGAAUGUGUUAGUGGUCAAUUUAGCUAUAUGCGAUUUGGGAUUAGCCAUUAUUGGCAUGCCUUUUACUGCAGUUCAUGAUAUUUACUUAUACAAUCCCCUUGGCGCUGGAUUCUGUUUUGUAUGGUUAAUCGCUAUGGUUGCAUUUUGGUCAGCUAAUAUGAUAACAGUAACGGGAAUUGCUAUUGAGCGUUUUGUUAAAAUUAUUCACCCGGAAAAAGCCAAGCUACAAGCCAAAGGUGGUAUUAUCUUGGUAAUCAUAUGUUGGAUUAUAUCAUUCGGCAUGGCUAUUCCAUACGCACUUGAUAUUGUUAAUCAUUAUGAUAAUCGCCAAGAUCGUAUUAUAUGCUAUAAUAUCCAAUCCAAUUUGAUUGGUCGUCGGGCAUUCAUCAUCUUUGUAUUUGUGUUCUUUUUUAUCGUACCCGUUUUGGUCAAUAUCAUGCUCUAUUCCAUGAUUGUCUAUUUCAUCUAUUCUAAAGCAAAUGAAUUAAGAUCUAGAAGUGAGAAUCUGCGCAAAAGAAAUAGUAAAGUAGUUACAAUGUUAAUGAUGGUUGUGGCGUUAUUUAUAUUAUGCUGGUUUCCAUUUCAUUUAUCACAAUUAUUACUGAAAUUCGAGCCACAAACUUUGUGCCCAUUAAGUGGUCGAAUUUUUAUUGCCAUUUGUAAUUGGCUAGCGUUAUCUCAUUGUAUGGUUAACCCUAUCAUAUUUGCUUCUCGGAGCGAAAUUUAUGGUAAGGUAAUGGCGGGUGUUUGUAAACGUGGAAAGAACCGAAUUCAUAUUUCGCCAUCUGUACUCAAUACUGAUACGCACUCUGCUGCUGCUAAUAAACAAACCAUUAGAAAAUAUAGCCUUAAUGACGAUCGAAAAAAUCGAAUACAACCUGUGAAGUUGCGUCGUUCCGCAACUGUACAGAAAUUUUAA